CGUGCCCUUUCUUUCUUUUCAUUUUUUUAAUUUACUUUUUAAAUUUUGGGUUAAAUAUGUACAGUAUAAAAGAUAACGAUUUUCAAGAAAAGACGCUUCAAUAGACGCCAAUUAAUCUACGAUAUUCAAUCACCUAUAAAUUCGUUUCAAAGAAAAAACAAAUAGCCGCAAACUUGUUCGACCUUUAAUCACAACCGCCAUUUUCUUCAACGAGAAGGAUUCUUUUCUUUCUCUUCUUGAUAUUAUCUUUCAGGUUUCCCGUAGUUAAUAAAAUUUUGUAUUGGAACAUAAAGCUGUAUCACCAAGACUGUUUAGAUUAGCUCUGAAACAUUUUCUUAAUUAUGCAAUCACGAUGAUUGUGCAUGAGCAAGAUCCCGAUGUUGUUCGCUGGGGUCUCCAUACCCUAAUAGAUGUUUGUGCACCGCAUUCUGGCCCAUGUAAUAGUGUUACCCAUUAUGGUACAAGUGAAUGUCAAGUUGGGUAUGUUAUAGAAGGUUAUAAUGAAGAUGCAAAUAAUGUGGAGAAUGAUGCGGUUAUUGCACGUGCCCUUCAAGAGGAGCUUUCACGUAUUGAUGCUGCAGAAGCAUCUGGGUUUCAUAAUACCGGGCAAGAAUCAAUUCUUGCACAGAACUGGGUUGCCUCUCCUGGAAGAAGUAAUAGUUCUGGUAAGGACAGAAAUGAGGGUCACAGCAAAUACAAUAUAGAUGCUGAUGAAUGCAGCAAAAAGGAGUCAGAUUCUUCUAGCAAUAGUAGAAGUGAAGAUAAUGAUGCAGCACAGGUUUCUUUUUCAUCUCCUAAUACUGGAGAAGAAUCUUUUCGUAGCACUGGAGAAGAAUUCUUUAGAGUGCAAGACCUGUCACAUCUCCUGGAAAUAGCAGAUGAGUCUACUCUUGAUGGUGAAGUGGGCAAGAGGCUAAAUCAGAUGGUUCCUGUUCCUCAUGUUCCAAAAAUUAAUGGAGAAAUACCAUCUGAAGAUGAAGUCGUAUCAGAUCAUCAAAGGCUGUUAGACAGGUUGAAGCUGUAUGAUUUAGUUGAGAGUAAAGUCCAAGGAGAUGGAAACUGUCAGUUCCGUGCCUUAUCAGAUCAACUCUAUCGUUCUGCUGAGCACCACAAAAUCAUAAGAGAACGAGUUAUUUCUCAGGUUUUUGAUGGUCUGAAGACUUGCCCAGAAAAGUAUGAGGGUUAUGUUCCUAUGGCUUAUGGUGACUAUUUGAAGAAAAUGAGCAAGACGGGUGAAUGGGGUGAUCAUGUCACAUUGCAAGCUGCUGCAGAUUCGUAUGGUGUCAAGAUAUUUGUGCUAACUUCAUUUCGGGAUACAUGUUACAUUGAGAUCCUUCCGCAAACUUUGAAGUCUGAACGGGUUAUUUUCUUAAGCUUUUGGGCAGAGGUGCACUACAAUUCAAUUUAUCCAGAAGGAGAGCUACCUCUGCCUGAGACUAAGAAAAAGAAAAGAUGGUGGAUGCUUGGAAGCUAAGAAUUUUCAACAGCAAGACUCAUACGAGGUAGAAAGCUUUCACGUAGUGCCAGAUGUAAUUAUAAUGCUUACUGUGAGAAAGAAUAGGGUAGAGAUGUCUUGUACAUACCAUUUUUCCAUAGAUUUUCUAAUUAAUUCUUUAUUCUUUUCUGGCUUUUUAUUUUUGCUUUUGCUUUUGCAUUUUCUUAUUGUAUAUAGGCCCUUGCCUUAGGCAGAUAUUUGCUAAGCUGAUGGUAACACCAGCAUUGUUUGGCUGGUGUACAAAUCAGAAUCACCAGCAUUCUUUAGCUGGGAUACAAAUCAGGACAAAUUAUGUACCACUGUUGAUACUAGGAAUUGUCAUUUUAAUAAAACUACAAUUUAGGUUUUCUGUU